UUAUUUAAGCAUCAGAUUCAUCGAGAAACCAAGCAAAGGGAACCUUUUGUGGUUGGUUGGCAGCUACAGAGAUACUUUAUUUUUAUCCUACAAGUGGCAGCAGGUAUUCAGAACCUUCUGGUCUAAAUACAGCGUUAACGCCUUGAAUUGUUUAUCGAAAAAGUCAGAUCUGAGCUGAUCCCGCUUUGUCCAGAUCACAGCUGGCUUGUGGAGGAUGCCCAAAGAACCCAAUGAAUCCUCAAACGAGGCGGGAAAGAAGGUCGACGGUAAAGGGUCUGAAGAUCCCACAGGACAGACGGAUGGAUCCGAAGAGCUGCUGCGUAAAAGAAUCAGAACGAACACGCCGAGUCCUCACCGACAGACUCCUCCAUCCAGCCCGUCCAAGUUUGUGUCCGUGGAGGAGCUGAUGGAGACGGCUAAAGGCGUGACGAACAUGGCAUUGGCUCAUGAGAUCGUAGUGAAUGGUGGCUUCCAAAUCAAACCCAGUGAGCCUGCUGAGGGAAGUUUAGAGAAACGAGUUAAAGAAAUUGUGCACAAAUUGUUCUGGGAAGGUCUUGAAGCCCAGCUGAACGACGACCCACCUGUCUAUGACCACGCUAUCAAACUGGUUGGGGAAAUUAAAGAGACGCUGCUGUCCUUCCUAAUGCCGCACCAGACCCGUUUGAAAGGAGAGAUAGAGGAGGCACUGGACCUGUCGCUCAUCCAGCAGCAGGCGGAGAACAGGGCACUGGACAUCAGCAAGGUGGCUCUGUUUAUCAUCAACACCAUGGGCGCCUUCUGCGCGCCGUGUAGGGACGAGGAAGUCCAGAAGCUGCGGGACAUCACGGACAUUGUACUUCUUUUUAAGUCUAUUUUUGCAGUGUUGGACAAAAUGAAGAUCGACAUGGCCAACUUUACUGUCAUUAGUUUCCGGCCACACCUGCUGCAGCAUUCAGUGGAGUACGAGAGAAAAAAGUUUCAGGAGUUCCUCAACAAACAGCCGAAUGCUCUGGACUUCACUCAGAAAUGGUUGCAGGAGUCGGCGGACUCGGUGCUCAGAGGUGAUGAAGAAGGUGCUGCAGGCUCGCCCAGCUCCUCCUCGCAGCUGCUGCUGAACAUCCACAACCAGGCGUAUUUACAACUGCUGCACUGGGAGCACGGCAUGGACACUUUCCCCGAGACAGUGCUGAUGGACCGCAGCAGGUUUCUGGACAUGCAGUUGGAGCUGGAGCGCUUGGCGUUGGUGGCGUCUGUGCUGCUGAUCGUGUAUAACGGUGCAGGGGAGGCGAUCUCAGGGCUGCCGGGCCUCGUGGACACGCUGAAGAACACGGUCAGGAUCCUGCUGGCUGAUCUGCACACUCCGUCUUUCAAAGCAGACGAGACGUUCACCGCCAUCGGAGAGAAGCUGUGUUUGGAGCUAGGGGAAUGUCUGACUCAGCAUGGCUUCUCACCUUUUCACCCAGACAGGCAGAACGAUCUGAAAGGCCAGAUUGCAGCUGUCAAGUCCCAAGAUAACCCUAUUCGUAAACUCGUCGAUUCUCGGAUCCAGGCCUACCUCCUGGGCUUCUUGGAGCAGAGUCCUCACAAGAGCCCUCCAGCUGUUCCCGGAGGCCUGGUUCCCAUCGGCAAAGAGCUGGAGGAUGUCGGGACCAGACUGAGUCACCUCGUGAACUACAACAAGCUCGUCUACUCACCGUUUUACCAGAAACUCCUACAGGAUGCCGUUCAGGCCAGGGGAAGCACAUCCACUUAGCCGGCAUCAAACAAACCUGGCGACUAGAACGACCCAGGCAGCCUACCGUAGGGUCCUAGGAACAACUGGGUUAAUGGAUUUACUGAUUAACUCCCCAAAGCUCACCUGCUGUCACCCUAGCCCAGGAUGUAUAUCACGUAGAGCCUCCUAUCCUGCAGUUAUAUCAUCAGGGGGUCAGUCAGAUGAACUUAAAGAAUUGGUCCUGAUUUAAAAAAAAAAAAAAUUCAUUCUUGCUUUUGUUCUGUGCCUGUUGAAAGUGGGGUCGAAAUGCUCUUGGGAGAUGAUAAUAAAUCGGUUUCUAUUCUUAAACCAGUCACUGACUGAUAUGUUGUAAUACAGUGUGUUUGAACAGACUAGCUUAGGAUACAUGGCUCGUUGAUGCGUGGCUAAAGUUGUGAAAGUGCUGUCGCUAAAUAACUGGGAAAAACAUGGACGCUGAGGAGAAGCUAGCUAAUGAAUAAGGAUGACAGUUUAGCUAGCUAGGACGUAGCCGAUAAGGACAGCGGAGACGAGAUAAAACUCACGAUUAAUGACUCAACGGUAAAAACCAAAUGUCCUGGGAUUCCACCAUGAUCUGAAACCUCAAGUUUGAAAUUCUGAGCUGUUGGUUGUUUCUGACUUGGGAAUGAGUGAGUGCGCUUUGGAAAUGUGCAAAAAAUACCCUGAACACAUGACCCUGUUAGAAAGUAGCACAGAUAUUGUGGCAUUUGGAAGAACCACUGGAGAUGACUUGACGUGAAUGUUAUUAUUAUUUGGAGGCCAUGAGAACAUGUUGAGGGCUUGAGUUAAGGUUUUUUUUUGAGCUCCAUUUCAUAGCCACAGAGUAUUUAACUCCAUAGCUAUUAUUAUAUUAAAAUGAGUGAGAGAGAGAAAUCAAUUCAAUUAGACCAUUCUGGUUACAGGAACCUCAGACUUCUACCUUGGAAUGACACAAACACAUACUGGAGUCUGUGGUGUCGUAGCACCUUGUGCAAAUUCUCCCCAAAACUACACCCCCACACCCACCAGUUACUGACAAAUAAGUAACCAGAGGCCAUGUACAGUAUGUAUGAAGUAUGAGCUCCAUCAUGCAGGCCAGGAGUUGUUCAUGACCAUGAGAUACCAUUUUCAUGAACCAUUUUGGUAUCUCAUGGCCUCAAAAUAUUCUCUUUCUUAUAAACUAAGCACCACGUCACCACAGGAGCUCUGUAAAAGUUCCCAUAAAUGCGAAGAAACCGCUAAACCAAUCCAUCCGAGCUGUUUUAAUAAGCACCCGCUCAAAAAAAAAAACAAAAAAAACAAUUGAGUUAGAUUAUUAGCUUCUUAAUCAAACAUGCCGACAUGAGAUCCUGGUGUGUGUGCAUGCUUGAGAAAGCUGAUUAUUAUUUUUGUGUGUGUAUGAGAAGGUGUACGGAAUCUGACUGGUGCCUUACUCCGUGGAGGGCUGACCUCGGUUAAAUGUGCGCUGCUCUUUUCUCCGUUUAGCUUCGUGCUGGUUGUAAUCGGUCCACAUUUCUGGAAAAGCAGACCCUGAGCGAUCUUUUUAAUCUUCUUUUUUUUUCUUGAACAUUUUUAUGCAUGUUUUACAAAGAGGUCAUUUUCACAUUGCUAUUUGUAUCUCUGUCCCAGAGAGAGAGAGAGAGAGAGAGAGAAAUCCUCUAUCAGCAACUUUAACUAUUAUAAAAUGGACUUUAACAUGCAUUGCUCUGUGAUGUAAAUUCUUAAGAGUAAUUAUGGUUAUUUAGUAUUUAUGACUGGGCCCAGAUAUUAAAGGUGAGAAUCGUACAAUACGAUACGAUGUUGUAUUUUAACUGAUCCUGUAGCUUAAUCGUACCAACUUGUGUGUUCAUGAGAUGUUUGCAGCAGACGUUGAAUGGAUUCUAUUCGCAGUUACAUACUGUAUAGAUGUUUCUGCCUGUCAUCACUGUGUACCAUUUUAAGGUUGUUUUGUUACGUUUAACCCAGUAACUUUCCUUAAUAAACAGGACUGCAACCAA